AUGAAGAUAACUGGGUCCUUUAUCACCCUGCUAUCCUUUGUGGUUCUGAGCUAUGGACAAAGUUCAAUUUUUUUGCUGGAAUCGGAAUGCGGAACCAUCAAACGAGGUCCUCGGGAAAGAAUAGUGAAUGGAAACAUGGCAGAUAUCCCAGAACAUCCAUGGAUGGCACACAUUCUUACUAAAAAUAAGUACUUUGUACUCACUGCUGCGCAUUGCGAUUUGCUUGUGUAUGGGACUACUGUUACCCUUGGCAAGUUCGAUGCUUCGCGGCCCAGUGUACAUGGCAUCCAACUUGGUCUUGCUGAAGUUAUACGACAUCCAGCUUACAUCGAUGGAGAAACUCCCAAGAAUGAUAUAGCCCUGUUACGGCUGGCCAGGCUGGUCUCCUUUUCGGACUACAUCAAGCCCAUCUGCCUGACGAACUACCAAAAUCUCUUGUAUUUAGACUCAUCCCUUACUGCUUCAGGUUGGGGUCUUACGGAAAAGGGGGUUUUGAGCAAUGUCCUGAUGAGAACCCAAUUGGGGCUCAAGGAUCGCCACGAUUGCUCCUCAAAAUUCGGACGCCUGACCUCGUACCAGAUCUGUGCCGGAAGCUCAAGGUCCGAUACGUGUCAAGGAGACUCGGGAGGGCCACUCACGGGAUUUUAUUAUCUGGGCGGCCAGUAUAGAGUGGCUCAGCUGGGAAUUGUCAGCUUCGGGGACACCGACUGCAAGGGUCUCGGGAUUUAUACCAAUGUUAUGCAUUUUUUUGACUGGAUAGCUGAAAACAUUAUUCGACGCGAGUCUCAAGUCAGGCCAGCUCCAACUCAAAGGCCCAAAUACGUUCCUGACAGCCCUCGUGUUGCCAUCGCUCUACUUAGUCAAGCCUUCAAUAUGAAGGUCAUCGGAGUUCUCAGCAUCCUGCUGUCCUGUGCGAUCCUGGGAUAUGGACAAAAUUCUGUUUCACUCCUUGAACCCAAUUGCGGAACUCCGAUUUCAUCAUCGAGGAGGAGAGCAACUAGCAAAAGUUACGAAGCAACGAUCCAAAUAGUCGGAGGCCUGACAGCCGAUAGUUACGGAAAUCCAUGGAUGGCAUAUAUCACCAACGCCACGUCGGCGUGUGGCGGCUCCCUUAUCACAAACCGCUUUGUGCUCAGUGCUGCUCAUUGCAUCAGUGAACCUCCAUCUCCAACGACGGUUUACUUGGGCCAGUUCGAUAUGUCUCACAGCACUCCAAAUGGCAUUCAAGUUUCCGCCAAUAAACAAAUACGUCAUCCGCAUUACUUAAAAACUAAGCAAGACAUCAAGAAUGAUAUAGCCCUGUUUCGGCUGGCCAGGACAGUGCAAUAUACAGCUACCCCUUUUCUCGCAGACUAUAUCAGACCCAUCUGUAUACCAACCAACUUUAGUCCCUUGGAUCAGACUACGCAUCUGACUGCCACUGGCUGGGGUGUAACGGAAUACGGAGUUCCGAGCAAUGUGCUGAAGACAACCACCUUGACACAGUACCCUCGCGGGACUUGCUCCUCAGUUUUCAAAAAUACCGUGGAUACAUCUCAGAUCUGUGCCGCAUCCCCGAGCUCGGCUACUUGCAGCGGAGAUUCAGGAGGCCCCAUCACAUCCGUUUAUCCCAUCAACGGCAGAAAUCGCGUCAUUCAGCUGGGAAUUGUCAGUUACGGAGUCAAAUACUGCAACAUGGUGGGGGUCUAUACGAAUGUGAUGUACUAUAUGGGCUGGAUCGGGACUAUCAUUCAACAGGACAGAUAUCAACACACACCAGCACCAACCCAGAGCCCGUCAGAUAGUAAUAGUAAUAAUAAUGAUAACAAGCCCAAUCAUCCUAAUUACCCUCCUCCUCCUCCUCCUCCUCCUAGUUACCCACCUCCUCCUCCGCCUCCUAAUCACCGUCCCCCUUCGUACGGUAUUCCCUAUCCUCCCAAUAACUAUAUUCCCAAUGGCAAUUAUCCGAGUUAUAAAUAUCCAAAUGUCAUUUAUGGUUAAUUAAAAAAA